AUGAGCCGGAUGAACAAGAACGGUCCUAAGCUCGAGCUGAAGCUGAACCUUUCACCACCUCCUUCUCAAGCCGAGCAGAUGAGUAUGGUUCGGUCUCCUAGCCGAUCAAACACAGCUUCACCGAGCUCAUGUGUUUCCUAUGAAACGAGACAGGAGGAGAUGGAGACAACAAUCUCAAUGGUCCUCGUCGGUUGCCCUCGUUGCCUUAUGUACGUUAUGCUCUCUCAGGAAAACGCAAAGUGCCCUAGAUGCAAAAGCACCGUCCUACUCGACUUCUUCCAUGAAAACGCCUCUACAACCGCUCCCGCCGUCACCACUAAACGCAAUAAAAAGUUCGAGAAUCGCUUGGAUUGUUAACAAAGCAGAUGCAGAUAGAAACAUUAAAUUGGAAAUGGUUAGAGAUAAUCACUUAGAGAUGCUAGUCUAAUUCUCUGUUAUCUAGUAAGACAUGUUUGUUCUUGGUUGAAAUGUUGUCAAUAAUUUUGUUGUCAGUUUUCACAAACAAAAAAUGGUUGUAAGUUAACAAUGGUAAGAGAUGAAAUAAAUUAGUAGUCUA